CGGGAGGGGGGGCGGCAGAUCUAAGAUCCAAUUGGCUUCGGACUUCGCUGGGAGGCGGGAUGAAUUCUUGAGAGGUGGCUGACGAGGUCUGCGGGCCACCUAGGAGCGCGGGAGUGAGGCCUGCAGGAUGGAGGAAAGUGGGAGUCCAGGAAGCCUGAUUAAGAUGGUCCAUCUACUGGUCUUGUCAGGGGCCUGGGGCAUGCAAAUGUGGGUGACCUUCGUCUCAGGCUUCCUGCUUUUCCGAAGCCUUCCCCGACAUACCUUCGGCCUCGUGCAGAGCAAACUCUUCCCUUUCUACUUUCACAUCUCCAUGGGCUGUGCCUUCAUCAACCUCUGCAUCUUGGCUCCACAACAUGCCUGGGCUCAGCUCACAUUCUGGGAAGCCAGCCAGCUCUUCCUGCUGUUCCUGAGCCUCACGCUGUCCACCAUCAACGCCCGCUGGCUAGAGCCCCGCACCACGGCCGCCAUGUGGGCCCUGCACGCGGUGGAGAAAGAGCGGGGCCUGGGCGGGGAGGUGCCCGGCAGCCACCAGGGCCCCGACCCCUACCGCCAGCUGCGGGGACAGGACCCCAAGUACGGUGUCCUCCGCCAGAUCUUUUUCCGCUACCACGGCCUGUCCUCCAUGUGCAACCUGGGCUGCGUCCUGAGCAACGGGCUGUGUCUGGCGGGCCUCGCCCUGGGCCUCAGUAGCCUGUAGCACCCGCUGCCUCUCUGGCCCUGCUGAGGGCCCCGGUGUCAAUAAACACUUCUUUGGAAACGGCU